CUGCUCAUAAUGGAGCAGAUUGGAUUGUUGGCGGAUGGGGGCGCUUCACCGCCAUUAGAAACACACCGACACACACUCAUACACUCACUCACUCACUGGCUCGGUCUAUGCGACGCUACGCGUGUAGCCCCUGAAAGUGGACUAGAAGAUGGACUGAGUUGCAGAUAAGACAACAAAUCUUCACCGCGGAAGCGAACCGGACCCGAUUAUUCGAUGAUCGGGUGAUGUGAAAACACUGAUCGCGGAGAUCAGACCUGGGCCGAGCAGGCUGAAGUGAAGAAGCAGGAAUUUCCGUGCCUGUUACUCACGCUGGCCAUCAGAUGACCAAGUUCUGAAAAGUCGAUCUGCGCUGUGUUUGCGGGGUUUAAGCUCGAGACUAAGUAGAAUAACAUCAUGGCUGUCUUGUCCUCCUCCUCCAAUCUCCUGCUCCUUCUCCUCAUGUCCUCCCUGGAUUGGCUGUCCACUCCGGGAUCUGCAUUUCUCAUGGGCCGGCACCGCGUGAUGUCACCAGCUCCCCUUGAACCUCAUAUCACAGAGUGCAUAUCGAGGGACCAGGUGACAUUCCAGUGUUGGUGGAGUCCAGGCAACUUCCACAACCUGUCCUCCCCUGGAUCGCUCAGACUCUUCUACAUUAGGAAAGACUCGCCCACCAGUGAAUGGAAAGAGUGUCCCGAGUAUGUUCAUUCAAAUCAGGAGUGCUUCUUCGAUGUCCCCUACACGUCCAUUUGGAUCACCUACUGCAUGCAGCUUCGCAGCCAAAACAACAUCACCUAUUACAACGAGGAAGACUGUUUCCAUGUGGAGAAUAUCGUACGUCCUGACCCACCAGUGUCUCUAAACUGGACCCUGCUCAAUAUAAGUCCCUCCGGGCUAAACUAUGAUGUCAUGGUCAACUGGGAGCCCCCACCCUCUGCAGACGUCAAGGCAGGCUGGAUGCGCAUUGAAUACGAGAUCCAGUACAGACCGAGAAAUACCACAAAAUGGGAAGCAUUGGAGAUCCAGCCGCAUUCCCAGCAGACAAUCUUCGGCCUGCACACAGGAAAAGAGUACGAAGUGCACAUCCGCUGCAGGAUGCAGGCCUUCACCAAGUUUGGAGAGUUCAGCGACUCCAUCUUCAUUCAAGUGACGGAGGUUCCCAGCAAAGACUCUACUUUCCCGCUCACCCUGGUUCUAGUUUUCGGGAUUGUGGGCAUCCUCAUACUCGUCAUGCUUAUUGUCGUCUCUCAGCAGCAAAGAUUGAUGAUGAUUCUGUUGCCACCGGUUCCUGCCCCCAAAAUCAAAGGCAUCGAUCCAGAGCUGUUAAAGAAAGGGAAGCUGGACGAGCUGAAUUUUAUCCUGAGUGGUGGAGGUAUGGGUGGCCUACCCACUUAUGCAACAGAUUUCUACCAAGACGAGCCAUGGGUGGAGUUCAUCGAGGUGGAUGCUGAGGAUGCAGACACUGGGGAAAAGGAGGACAACCAGGGCUCAGACACCCAGAGGCUCCUGGACCUGUCUCAACCCGUCAGCCACCACAUGAACAUUGGGUUCUCCAAUUCCGUCAGCUUCCCUGACGAUGACUCAGGCCGGGCCAGCUGUUAUGACCCAGAUCAGCCCGACCAGGACACCCUAAUGAUGAUGGCCACCCUGCUGCCGGGCCAACCCGAGGACGGAGAAGCCUCCCUCGAUAUCGUGAAAAGAGCCCCGGCUCCAGAAAGAGGCGAGAGGACCCUCGUCCAUACCCAAACCGGAGGGCCCCGGACUUGGGUCAACACAGACUUCUAUGCCCAAGUCAGCAAUGUGAUGCCCACCGGCGGCGUGGUGCUGUCUCCUGGCCAGCAACUCAGAAUCCAGGAGGGCACCUCGGGUGCAGAGGAGGAGACGCAUAAGAAGGGAAAAGAGCACAAAAGCAGCGAGGACAGUGAGGUAGACAAGGAGAAGGAGCUGCAGUUUCAUCUGCUGGUAGUGGAUCCUGAAGGAGGCAGCUACGCCGCAGAGAGCAACGCCCGGCAGAUGGGCGCUCCCCCCGGCUCCCCCAUGCCUGGCGAGGGUUAUCAAACCAUACACCCUCAGCCAGCGGAGACCAAACCUGCAGCCGCAGCAGAGGACAACCAAUCCCCUUACAUUCUUCCUGACUCUCCCCAAUCCCAGUUCUUUGCCCGAGUUGCGGACUACACAGUGGUACAGGAGGUGGACAAUCAGCACAGUCUGCUCCUCAACCCGCCUCCCCGCCAGUCUCCCCCUCCCUGCAUGCCACAGCACCCCCUCAAAGCCCUACCCGCCAUGCCCGUGGGAUACAUCACCCCAGACCUGCUGGGGAACCUGUCCCCGUGAAAAUGACAAUGCCAUUAGGCCUUUUAAGUGUAAGACUGAUUUACCAGGACGCCCCCUUGCAGUUAAAAGAGCCUGUUUCUGCCUGAUUCCUGCUGGAAACCAAAUAACUCGCAGCCCACAGUGUGGAUGAUUGAGUACAGGUGUUUGUUUUUCGGCGGUUGCCGAAUGAGAGACGGGGAAAAGCUACCAAGCUACGUCAAAUUAUUUGGUGCAAAAGUAAACGCCACAAACCAAAUGCACACUUUGCUCCAUUUGUUUGACACAUGCAGAUAAAAGGCCGAGACUGUGACUUGACUUGAUUAGCUCACCGCUAAACUGGAUCAUAUUACACCUCUGGCUAAUAUUGUUAAGAGCAAAGGCAUUGUUGAAGUCUUGAUUACAGACAGAUGUCAGUGUGUGAUUUAUCAGGAGGAGACGAGCACAUUCUAGCCAUGUUUUUUUUCGCACCGCACCGAGAAGAAGCCGCCGUCGAUACCUCUUGCCGGCAGAGAUGCUUUGCCGCUCAAUUGUGGCUUAUUUUUGUAUUCUGAUCCCCGUCGUGUCAUCUUGUCAGUAGUUAAAGGAGAAAUCCGCCCUAAAAUACAGUGGAAAAAAACACUACUAUGCAGUUUUACCUUGCAUUCCUGGCUUCGUUUUGUUCAACGCUGUUCAUAUUUGCAUGACGACCUGGCCAAAUUUAGAUGAUAUGGUGUCAAGAUAUUUUUCUCUAUUUUUCUACAGCCACAAUAGAGUUUUAAUAGGAGAAAUACUUUCAACAACUGAAAACAAACCAUACAGUAUAAAUGCACAAACAGACAUGAGUCAUUGGGACAAAGCUAUUUCAUAUAUUUCCUUCCUUGGGGGGGGGUAUUUAAUGAAGGAAAUCGCUAACUGAAGUAGAAGCGAAGGUGAUGAAUGAAAGGGAAAUUUCACCAUAAACGUAUUUAUGUAAUGCAUUGAAUAAUACAGACUGAUUAUACACAUCCCAGCAUGGAAUUCCUCGUUCCAUUUUUAUUCUGACAUGCAUAGCGAGAACACGUCACUUUACAGCGCUGGAUAGUCAUUCUUUAAGAGGAUUUGUUCAUAUUCAUUCGCAGCUGGGAGCCGCUCAGCGCGCGCAAACAGCGCUGCAGUACACCGUGCACCAACAAGUGCCUUGCUCGAGGGCACAUUGAUAUAGUUAUUUAGCAGAAGGGAAGGGACACAGACACACCUGUUGUUGCAUUUCAUCCUGCGAUAGCAGCAACCUCUACAACCAGCAGCCACUCGUAGUGACUUGACUGAAACCUCAAUGAGCGCGCUCUCUCUCCCUGGGAGUUGUAUUCUUCUCAUGUUGCAUUGCUAUUGCGGGGACAGCAAGUUGAAAGACUGUGAAAGUAUGUAAUAGCUGGAGUAAGCUAACAUUUUAUACGUAUUAUCUGCCGAGUACGCAGGCUUAAUAACUUGUGCCUAUUGAUAGUGUUAUUAGCUUGCCAUUGAUGUGUGCUAUGGCGUGCUUACGUAAUUAGGAUUUGUACAUUUAUGCAUUAUUGUACUAUGUGUAGGUGAACUGAUAUGAAGCCUCUACUAAACUAAAAACCUGCACAUGCACUAACACAGCUUACACACACGCUACAUAAAAACGUUUGCCUUAAUUGUUAUUUAAUUUUGCAUCCCUGACAUGGUCGUAAACAGGAUGAGCUGAAUUUUGUCAAAGGCAACCGCUGCAUGGGUGAAAGGCAGCUAAACCCUAAUUUGCUCAUUUCCGAUCACGCUCGUAAAACUGACCACAAUUUCCAAAAACAGAAAUGUCGAUCAGGGGGGGUGAUGACAGACUUUGAGUUCCACGUUCUGGAUUGAUAGAGCGACAAAUACAUAGAUAAAUAGUUCGUAUUUUUUUUUUGCCAGAAAACCUGUAAGAUGUGUGUAAUUAUGUAUCGAUUACUUUGCCCCCCCCAUACUUUUCUUCGAACAACUAAAAACUUGGGCAGAAUCUGUUGCUUAAUCAAUUAUUUAGUCACAUUAGAUUGUGGCGCAAGCUGCCCUUGGUUCAUUGACAAUGCAAGCACUUUUUAUAAUAGCCUGUGUAGGUGAGUUGUUAGCAGGAGCGACUCCUUUUGUCAAGGUUCUCACCGUAAAGACUUCAACAAUAUGCCGACAAAUAUAUAUAUAUAUAUCUAUAAACUGUGAACGUUAAAGAAAUGUGCCAUUUCUCUCUUUCUGUCCCUGUGUCUGUGUUCUGUUGUCGCUGCCUUGUGUUGAGGACACCAGCAAGUCAAUGCUGUUGCAGAAAUGUCUUAAUAUAUUCACUAGUGCUGUAAAAUUAC